AUGUCGACCACCUUUGGCGCCAUUGUGAUCAUCUCAUUAUUUGUCCUUCUAGUGUACUUCGUGUACAAGACCUUCGUGGACGAUCUUACCGAUUUUGACGUGGUAGGCGGGACGCUGAUCAUCAUGGGUGCGGCAUUCCUGUUAGGUCUUGCCGGUAAAGCGGUUUGGGAGCAGUAUGUUAGGCGGAGGGUAAGGGCUCGAGUGGCGGGGAAGAAGCGUGGUGUGAAGAAGUCACCUCUCCUGCGCUUACCGGCUGAGGUUCGUAACAAAAUCUACGCCUACACGCUCGAACUCGUGCCCACGGAAAUAUGGCGGUGGCAUCACGAAGAACUCUACUUUUGGGAUCGUAUGUUCUUUGUUCGAUCCUCGCGCGAGGUCUUCGCUGAGACCGCCGCGGCUGCUCAGCGCAAUCAACUUCAUUCCCCUCUCUUGAACCUGCCAGCUGAGAUCCGCAACAAGAUAUUCAACAUAGCCCUAGACCUCAGCGCAAGGAGUUGGAAACAUGACUCCCAUUUCUACUGGGACCGCCUCGAUUUAUCCCGUGCAUCACGACACAUCUUCGCCGAAACCGCACAUGCCUACUUCGCAGUACACAUCUACCCUGUUGCACGCUUCAUACAUCGCGAGUUCGACCUAUCCGACCUCUCGAAACUCCGGAAGCGGUGUACGCCGCUACAGCUAAGGUUGAUUAGGCAUAUCGAUAUUGAUUGGGAUGCCUUUCAAUCUGAAGAUCCAGCCAUGGGACUCCGCGAGCCUAUCGAACAGAACAUGCGUACAUUGCGGAUAUUUCCUGCACUGGAAACACUGAUUAUUUCGGAGGCACCGUAUCAAGUGACCGGUGCUGAUGACUGGUAUACGAAGGAAUUCCGGAAACAAGUGGGAAAUCAAGACCUCGAGGUGGAGUAUCUGGAGAAGGAAUAUCGGAAUGGGGGUUGA